GCUGAGUUGCUUAACAAAAUAGAGGGAAAUGGGAAGGGCUCCUUGUUGCUCAAAAGUGGGGUUGCGUAGAGGUCCAUGGACUCCAAGAGAAGACAAGUUGCUGGUCAACUACAUUCAAGCUCAUGGUGAAGGUCACUGGAGAUCCCUCCCCAAGAAAGCUGGUCUACUUAGGUGUGGAAAGAGUUGCAGGCUGAGAUGGUUGAACUAUCUAAGACCAGACAUUAAGAGAGGGAAUAUAACCCCAGACGAAGAAGAUCUCAUCAUCAGAUUACAUUCACUUCUCGGCAACCGUUGGUCUCUCAUCGCCGGAAGGCUCCCUGGUCGAACCGAUAAUGAGAUUAAAAACUACUGGAACACCCACCUCCGCAAAAGAUUUGUAACCCAAGGCAAUACCCGCAAAAAACCAUCACUGCAGAAGAGGAAGAAAAGCAAAGCAAAGCCAACACUAAAGCCUGCAGAAGAAGAACUACCCAAACUCCAUAUCCCUAAACCCAUUAGGGUAACUUUGUCUUUACCAAGAAACGACGGCUCCGAUCAAUGCAAUACGUUUAGCACACCGCCUUCGAUCCAAGGAGAGGAAGGGGGUUUAGCUACCGAAGUUAUACAAGCUACUUGGUCACAGUAUGUCAAUGAUGGUGAAAGCCGGACAGGGUUUCUUUCAACUUAUAAUAAUGAAUAUGAUGGUCUUGUUAAUGGGUUGGAUUUGGAGUGCCACUCUCCUGUACCAACAAGUGAAGAUGAUAAUGGUCUUAAGAAACUUUACACAGAGUAUCUGCAGCUUUUGAAAACAAACGAAGAUCGAGUGCAGUUGGAUUCUUUUGCUGAAUUGCUGAUCUGAUGGAUAAAAAUGAUAUAAAAACUAAAGUGAUGUUGUGGUUAGUUAAUUAUGUGUGGAAAUGUGA